AUGUGUUGUAUCGCUCUCUGCAGGGACGAGGAUAAAAUAAUGAAGUCGUGCUACUGGCCCAACGAAGUAUUCGAGCCGUGCUUCGGGGGGUGUGCUGAAGUGUCGUGCGACAAUCCCCGCAACCACCUGCGGCCCUGCUACCCGUACUGCGAGGCGGGCUGCGUGUGCGAGGAGCCCUACGUGCGAGAUGACCGCACGCACCAAUGCGUGCUGCCUCAGGAUUGCUCCCCAACACAAAUGGGCAUACCAGUUCCAAGUAAACGAUCAGACAAGUCUCUUCCAAAAUACGGUUCCCGUAUCCAGAGGCCCCAUUUGAAGCGUGAUGACUUGCCAGCUGAGUUCGAGAAGGAGGAUCUGCCUACCAACCACAUGGAUGACAUGAAGAGACCUUCAGAAGUGUCAAGGAUGGGGAACUACUUCAACAUCGUGAUCGCACCGCCCCCUAUUAAAGCGCUGCAGCCAAGAAAGCUGCUUCAGAGCGACUCGUUCCGACCAGCCGCGAAAAGAAUUUGA